CAAGACUAGACAAUUAUGACAAUCCAUAGAUAAUCACUUUUAGUCGCUGCCCUCAACUUUUUGCUCCUUCGACAUUUGACAACGAAAAUGAUCUAUUCUAAGCCUGUCCUUUGGUAUCUAACUGGUCUCUCUCUUCUCCUUCUAACUCUAGCCAGCAACGGCAGAGAUUUACAGUCCGAAGAAGGGAAGGAAGAAGAACGCCCGGUGAUCAGAUUUCUUGCCCUCGUUCAAUGGAGGGAUGAGUUCAACAGGACUCAUUCUGGCUGGGACACUGGCCCUGACAUGCUAGCUGCUGGUCGUGUUGCUGUACAAGAGAUUAACAACAGGACUGACAUACUAACAAAUUAUACUUUAGAAAUGAUAGAGGGAAGACAUGAGGCAUGUGGGCUGACAGAGGCUAAUUUAGGGAUUAAGGAACUGGCCAGUAAAGGAAUUGGCAGGGAAAAUGGAAGUGUUGUUGCUGUUUUGGGAUUAUUCUGUUCAACUAGUGCCCAGCAUAUAGCACCAGUCGCUGGUAAGGCUGGUCUCAUACAGCUAUCCGCAGCUAAUUCUCCAUUGUUUUCGAGUGAUUUACAUAAUUUUCCUCAUCUCUGGAGGAUACUAGUUUCAGCUAAAGCAUACGCUGACAUGAUGCUAUCAUUAAUGAAGCGCUUUGGAUGGAGAAAAGUGGGUGUAGUUCAAGAUCUUGGUACAAUAUUUCAUUCUGGUAUAGCGGAAUCAUUUAUCGAUCUGAUUCAAGACAACGAUGAAUACACUAUCAAUUAUCAUGGCGGAAUCAUACACGCUAGAGAUGAACUAAUAAACUCUGCACUGGACAAUAUUAAAGCCACCAGAACCAGAAUAGUCUUCCUACAAACCACUGGACCACAGACAGCAAAGUUCCUGUGUGCAGCUGCAAAUAAAAAUAUGUUUUAUAGAGACUAUCUCUGGAUUAUAACCGAUUACUUUUUGACUGGACUCAUUAAAGAGUUAGAAGGAUUGAGUAACUGUAACGAGGAGUUGCUACGUAAAGGUAUCAAUGGGUCUCUGAUUGGAUUCUUUGAUCUUCAAGACACUGAUGCUGUAUUCACUAAUGCUUCUGGUUUCAAUUAUUCAGAAUAUGAGCAUAAAUAUGAGGAAGAAUUAAAUGAAACAAGAAAGGAAUAUUAUAGUUCAGAUGAUGAUGUAGGAGAUCUAUUGUAUGCUGGUUUACUGUAUGAUCAAGUAUGGGCUCUAGCCCUUGCUAUUAAUAAUGCUAUUGAACUAUACAAUGUAUCAAUGGAGGACUAUAGCUAUGAUCAAUAUGAGGUCACCGAUAAAAUAGAAAAAUCAUUGGGCCGGGUUAGUUUCAGAGGUGCUACUGGACACAUUAUGUUCUCAGAGGAUAGAGAAGUAUCAACGCCAAUUAAUAUAUAUCAGGUAAAUUCGCUUGUUAAUAUUUCUGACCCACACGAACUGAUUGGAUAUUAUGAUUCACAGUAUGAUAGAGUCCAUAUAACAGCUUAUUUCGAUCCUCCACCUGAUAGCCCUGAAAGUGAAAUGGUCCCCCUGUCCCUAUAUUGCGCUAUUAGUUUAUAUGUUGCUACACUAGUGGUGAUUGUUAUUGUUACCAUCAUAUUGAUAUGUCUACUGUAUAUGAGGUCAAAGCCACAGAUAAAAGCAUCGAGUCUUUUGUUUAGCCUUAUAAUGUUUAUCGGUUGCUACCUAAUAUGUGCUACAUGCAUCGUACGAAUCACUUACGCAGCAUUCCCGAGUUCUGAGAUUAUUUUUGAAAUUUUGUGCAACGUCCAGUCUGUUUUCUUCUUCAACGGUUUUAGUUUGGUCUUUGUUACACUCUUUAUUCGUCUUCUGAGAAUUAAGAAAAUAUUUGGCAACAAAAGUCUCACAAAAUAUCUUGGCUGCUGCUGGACUAACAAGGCCAUGACUCUUGUUGUCAUAGUGAUAACGAUAAUUCCUAAUCUAAUGCUCGUAGGCUGGAUUGGCUUUGAUAGAUUAAAGAGAGAGACAGUCAAUGUAACGGUAGACGUAGAGCCACUGGUAUACAAUGAAGAAUAUUUCAUGUGUACUAGCCAGUUGAUGUAUCUGUGGUAUGCUAUGGUGUUUACCUAUACUGCUUUUAUACUUCUCCUAAUUGUUAUUCUUGCUGCCUGUACAAGGAAGAUAAAGCACAGGGACUUCAAAGACACAAAGAAAGUCAACGCUUUCAUUUUCAUUUUUGUACUAACUUUCACUAUAACUGGAAUUUGCUUGUGGCUAUUUCGUGAGAUCAAUCAAAUCAACGUAGGCCAUACAGUGAUAAUAAGUGGCUUAUUGUUGCUAGUACUGGAAUGCCAAGUAAUGCUGUUCCUGCCAAAGAUAAUGUUUUGUAACAGAAGAAGACAUCGUUCUUAUUCUGUUACUGAAAAUGUCAUGACGUUGUUUUCUUUUGACAAGCAUGAAAAGCAUUAGUUUUUGUGUGUGUGUGUGUGUGUUUGUAUGCCGUGUGCAUGUAUUGAUCUGUGUGUGGUUCUUUUAUUGCUGUAUUAUACUUACACUACCCAAUAUUUAUUUAAUUAAGAAUUAUCACUUUA